CAAUCAUGGGCAGAGAUGAUUGCAUCAUUCAAUGCCAAAUUUGGUUUUAACUAUGAUGUUGAUGUCCUAAAAAAUCGGUAUAAAACAUUGAGAAGGCAGUAUAAUGUGAUAAAGAAUCUUCUUGAAUUGAAUGGCUUUGUUUGGGACGAUGCUCGUCAAAUGGUGACUGCAGAUGAUUAUGUUUGGCAAGAUUAUGUCAAGGCACAUACUGAUGCUCGGCAGUUCAUGACACGACCUGUGCCAUACUAUAAAGAUUUGUGCGUGAUAUGCAAUGAUUUGAGUUUUGAUGAAAGUGAUCGGGUUUCUAUUCAAUGUUUGGACGUGGAAAAUGAAGUUCAAGAAGUCAAGUUGCACGGAAGAUUGAAAAUUUUUGACUCUUCAGGGACAUUAGUUUCUAGUGGAGAUGAAACACUUGAGUCUAAUUCAAAGAACAAACAUCAACUAGAGAAUAAAUCAAACUCUGGGUAUCCUAAGAAGUUGCGGAUCAAUGAAGGAGGCAUGGCAAAUGCUCUUCAUGAGAUGGCAACCGUCGUUUCUUCUUUAACGGAGAAGCAUAGAGAUGAUGAGUUAUCCAACUCCAUUGCAAUAGAGAAUGUAAUUGCAGCAAUUCAAGAAUUACCAGAUAUGGAUGAGGAACUUAUAUUGGAUGCAUGUGAGCUCCUGGAGGAUGAGUUGAAGGCAAAAACAUUCCUCGCCCUAGAUGUCAAACUUCGAAAGAAAUGGUUGCUAAGGAAGCUUCGGCCUCAAGUAUAGUUUCUUCUAACUUCUAUUUUGUUCUUUGGUAGAUUGAAGAUAGAUUAGAUUCUUUUGAGUUGGAACUGGUUUGGUUCCAUAAAGAUUUUAGUUGAUGCAUUCCGUCCACUUUGAGCAAAUUACCUUUUUUUUUUGUUUUUUCAGUCCAUCCGUUUCAGGCAGCUUUUACAGAAAAGAGAAGCCUUUUGGAUGUUUAUGUGAAUAUUGUAAUUCAUUUUUCGAUGGAAAUGGAUUUUGAGAAUUAACGAGGCAAACAAACUACACCGUAA